AUGAAGAAUGGAAAGUCUGAUGGAUACGAAAGAAUUAGAGCUGAAAUGCUGAAGUCUCUUCUUCCUUCUGGGAUCCGUGAGAUGACGAAGAUCAUCCGUUCAAUAUGGAAUGACGAAAAGAUACCGGAUUCGUGGAGACACGCUAUCAUAAUUUUCCUCCACGACAAGUUAUCCGUCACAAAAUCUGAGAACGACCGAUUAAUAUCAUUGCUGCGUAUAAUAUACAAGGUCUUAGGGCGGAUCGUGCCGGAUCGGCUUACCAAACAUCGCAAGGAAACCACUACUGAUGAACAACCUGAGUCUCAUCCUGCUCGAUCAACGACUGACUAA